UGAAACAAAAUAAUAGAUGUAUAGAUCUUUUAAUUGACCACUACAUCUUAUAAUAUUAAAACAUAUCUUAUAAUAUUAAAACAUAUGUUUAUUCUUGAUGGAAAGUUGAAACAAAAGUAAACUAGCAAAUCAUCAUCCUCUCCAUUAUUUCAUGCUCAUUUAAUUUUCUCCAGCUGCUAGCAAUGCAAAUCAUAUUCUUCCAUCUCUUCCUCUUGUUUACUAAAAUAACUUCACUAACAACAACAAACACACUCCCACAAGGCUCGUCACUUUCAGUUGAAAAACCAACAGACACCCUCAUUUCACCAAAUGGCGUUUUCUCCGCUGGGUUUUUCCCGGUCGGAGACAACGCAUUUUGUUUCUCCAUCCUCUACACAAAAUCCAAACAAUCCACAGUUAUCUGGAUGGCAAACCGGGACCAACCCGUGAAUGGUAAAUACUCAAAACUCUCACUUUUCAAAAACGGUAAUCUCAUUUUAACCGAUGCAGAAAAAACAACUGUUUGGUCCACUUCAACUUUCUCUUCAACCUCUUUACAACUAAAACUCAAAAACAAUGGUAACCUUGUUCUACAAACUUCACAAAAAAUCAACUUUACCAUUAUUUGGCAAAGUUUUGAUUCUCCAACUGAUACACUUCUUCCAAACCAACCAGUUACAGAGAAAGCAAGCUUAGUUUCAUCAAAGAGUGAAAAAAACUAUUCUUCUGGUUUCUAUAAACUUUACUUCGAUAACGAUAACGCUCUUCGCCUUCUUUUCAAAGGUUCUUUGUUAUCUAGUAUUUAUUGGCCUUCACCUUGGCGAUUACCAGUUGAUUUAGGAAGAUCAACUUAUAAUGUUACUAAAAUUGCUUCACUCGAUUCUUUUGGAAAUUUCAUAUCCUCUGAUGCGUUUCAAUUUACUUCAACCGAUUAUCCUAAAGAAGUUUUUAGAUUAGUCAAAAUGGAUCAUGAUGGUAAUUUACGUGUUUACAGUUUCAAUGAAGAAACUAAUAUAUUUGAGGUAACAUGGCAAGCUAUUUCUGAACCUUGUAGUAUUCAUGGUGUUUGUGGAGCUAAUAGCAUGUGUACUUAUGAUCAUGUUAUUGGAAGAACAUGUUAUUGUUUGAAAGGUUAUAAGGUGAAGAAUUCUCAAGAUUGGUCACAAGGAUGUGAGCCUGAGUUUAAACCAGUUGAUCUUUCUUGUAAUCGCGGUGAGUCUUUCGGGUUUCUUCAUCUUCCAAACAUGGAAUUGUAUGGCUAUGAUUUGGACGUAACACAGGUUACAAGCUUGAGAGAAUGUCAAAGGUUAUGUUUGGAUCUUUGUGAAAAAUGCAAAGGUUUUCAAUUUAAAUUCAAUGAAGUUUCUACUUAUAAUUGUUAUCCUAAAACGUUGUUGUUGAAUGGAAGAGAUUCACACAAUAUUGAUGGAGAGGUUUACUUGAAAUUACCGAAAGAAACUUUGUUAUCAUCCAAAAUGCCUCUUAAACACUCACCUUUGAAUUGUUCCAUUGGUAAUUUAUCACAACCCUUGAAUAGAUUCUAUGAAAAACCAAGUAAAAACACCACUUUGAGUUUCUUGGCUUGGCUUUCAUUUGGAAUAGGAGUGUUUGAGAUUACCAUCAUUUUAUUUGUGUGGUUCUUUUUGUUUAGAACCAAUAAACAACACCAUAAUGGCGAUCAAAUACAAAGACGCCUUCUUUCAGCAACAGGGUUUCAAAGGUUUACAUAUUCGGAACUCAAAAGUGCGACAAAAGGUUUCAGCAAAGAGAUUGGUAGAGGAGGCGGUGGAGUUGUUUACAAAGGAACAUUACAUGAUGAUCGUGUUGCUGCUGUUAAACGAUUAAACGAAGCUCAUCAAGGAGAAGCUGAAUUUUUAGCUGAAAUAAGUACUAUUGGUAUGUUGAACCAUAUGAACUUAAUUGACAUGUGGGGUUAUUGUGUUGAAGGAAAACAUAGACUUUUGGUGUAUGAGUUUAUGGAACAUGGUUCUUUAGCAGAAAAUUUAUGUUCUAAUUCACUUGAUUGGAACAAGAGAUUUAAUGUAGCUGUUGGAACAGCAAAAGGGUUGGCAUAUUUACAUGAAGAGUGUUUAGAAUGGGUUUUGCAUUGUGAUGUGAAGCCACAAAAUAUUCUACUUGAUUCUGAUUUUCAACCAAAGGUAGCUGAUUUUGGUUUAUCAAAACUUUUGAAUAGAGAUGAACGUGACAGUUCUGUUUUUUCAAGAAUAAGAGGGACAAGAGGUUAUAUGGCACCUGAAUGGGUUUAUAAUCUUAGAAUUACUUCUAAAGUUGAUGUUUAUAGUUAUGGAAUUGUUUUGUUGGAAAUGGUGACAGGUAAAAGUCCAAUGGAAAUUCAUAGUCUUGAGAUUGGUGGUGGUGUAGAGCAUCAUAGAAUGGUGACAUGGGUGAUGGAUAAGGUGAAAAGUGCACCUACAACUAUGUUUUGGGUUGAGGAGAUUAUUGAUCCUAAAUUGGAAGGGAAGUAUGAUGUUUCUGAAGUUGAGAUUUUGGUUAAAGUUGGUUUGAAGUGUGUGAAAGAUGAAAUGAAUGAAAGACCAUCCAUGAGCCAAAUAGUGGAGAUGCUUCAGUCCCAUAGAAAAAGAGCCCCACAUCGUUAGUUACAUUUUUGCUUUGUUACAUGCUUCAUUACCAAAAUAAUUGUUUUGUUUUUUUGGUAAAGAAUUAAUUGUUUAAUUUAUACUUGAAAUUAAAUAAAUAAGUUUUUC